AUGUCUGCUGAGACAUUUGCUCCCACGUUACCGUCUCGGAUUGCUUCGCUGGUACAUGCGCAUUUCGAGGCGUUGCCCACGCGCAGUAAACCAACUACUUUUUCUGAUGGAUCGAGGGAAUGGAUUCCGAUGACUGGGAUUGUGGCUGUUAAAGGUAUGUCACUUGCAAGAUUUUUCUAUAAGAUUUUUAGAUUCACUGGUGCAUGUAUGGCGGAGGUUCAUUGCUCUACUUCGCCCUCAUCCGAUAGGAGAAAAUACAGCUUCGGAAAGUCUGACUUGUAUAUCCGUCACGAGUGGUGCAAAAUGCCUAUCUGCAUCUCAUAUUCCACGCUGCAAAGGCCUGAAUGCCGCAGUGUUCUAUCCCGGGAAAAGCAGCUUUCAAACGGCGGUACUUCCGUGUCUGAUAACCAACACGCAGAAUCUCCCUUCAUACAAAGGAGGAGUAUCCAAAAAUAUGAGAAAGGAUCAACAUCGCCGUCGAAUUGGCCGCCCUUCGAGCUGCGACCUGAUAUAAAGAUUUACAUGUAUUGCACAUGUGCUCCCUGCGGAGAUGCAAGCAUGGAACUCUGCAUGGCAGCCCAAGAAGACGCAACGCCCUGGGAAGUGCUACGACAAGAAGGUCCUCCAUCAGAAGAUGGCGAAGUCUCAACUACAGAAACCCUUCUAGAUGGACGAGCACAUUUCUCUCUUCUCGGCGUCGUCCGUCGAAAGCCAGCGCGCAUGGAUGCCGAGUCCACACGCAGCAAAUCCUGCUCCGACAAACUUGCCUUGCGCCAGGUUUCCUCGUUGCUGUCCUGUGAGACGAGUCGUCUAGUUGCUCCUGCCGAGAAUGUCUACCUCGCCGGUCUGAUACUUCCCGAGGAAGAGAUCAGCCGGGUUGGCUGUGACCGGUCUUUUGGUGAGAACGGUCGAAUGAAGGAUCUGAAAGGGCGGGCUUGGCCUGUAGAUACAGAUGCCAAAAAGACGCCGGUAUACCAGUUCCGACCAUUUGAAGUCCUUUCAGUGCCCAGUGAAGAGGUUGGUGCCCUGUGGCGGUUCGCGAAACCAAAACCCGUGCCAUGUCCUGCAGUUUCUUCGGCGCAAGGAGAUGCUCUGGCGUCUGUUGCAAAUGCUAAGAAGAGCAGACCAGGGAACGUGAGCGCCGUGUGGACAGUGGCUCCCUCAUAUCAGGGCCCUUUGGAAAUACUCGUGGAUACAGGCAGCAAGGCGCUGCCAAAUCUUUGUCGUUCUAAAACGGGCCUAUACGAGACUAUCAUCAACGGUGUGAAACAAGGGAAUCGCGCUUCCUCGCCUGGAGCUCGUGGAGCUUCGGCCCUGUCCAGAGCUAAGCUUUGGGCUCUCUUUCGCGAUGUUGUUUCGGCGUCGGUUCCUCAUAUCGAUCAGAGUGAUUCUUUGCCGGUCACAUCGCUGUCAAAUGCAAUCACAUAUCAGGAGUUCAAGAGACCCAGCAGCUCGGAGGAUCCGUUGCAAAUCCGCAUGCAGGCCAUCGGAGAUGCGAAAGUGGUUCUCAAAGGUUGGGUGCCUAAUGCAGGAGAUGAAGAUUGGGGCUUGGAUGUUUUGGUUGAUUCAAAAAAGCGCAAGAUUUGA